GGCGUGUGUAAUUACGUGGGUACAAAAAAAAAGUUGUGUGUGAUUUGCUGGAUGCAGGAGCAGAAGGUGCGCCACAUAUGAAGCUGAGCAGAGAACAUCACACACUCCGCACAGCACCGCCAUGCGUGCAUGAUCCCACGCAACCAGCUCACUUUUACUACCAAUAACUGCAUUUUUUACUGACUUUCUUGCGCAGGAGACAAUCUUUUGGACUUUUUGGAGUGGGGGAAAAAAAAGUUAACGGAUGUUCUGGGAUCAUUUCUUUUCAUUUGGCGGAGCUCGCCCUGCAGGAAUGGCGCGGUAGUCGAGAAGUCAGCACCGGAACCAGAACCUCGUUUUCACUUUUCUAUGCAGAACUAUCGUCAUGUAUUCUCCGAUUUGUCUCACUCAGGAUGAGUUCCAUCCCUUCAUCGAGGCCCUCCUCCCUCACGUCCGUGCCAUCGCCUACACGUGGUUCAACCUGCAGGCCCGGAAGCGCAAGUACUUCAAGAAGCACGAGAAGCGGAUGUCCAAGGACGAGGAGCGCGCCGUGAAGGACGAGCUCCUGAGCGAGAAGGCCGAGGUCAAGCAGAAGUGGGCCUCCCGACUCCUGGCCAAGCUGCGAAAGGACAUCAGGCAAGAGUACCGUGAGGACUUUGUCCUCAGCGUAACGGGCAAGAAGCACCCGUGCUGUGUGCUCUCCAACCCGGACCAGAAGGGCAAGAUCCGCCGCAUCGACUGCCUGCGACAGGCUGACAAGGUGUGGCGUCUGGACCUGGUCAUGGUCAUCCUCUUCAAGGGCAUCCCUCUGGAAAGUACCGAUGGCGAGCGCCUGGUCAAGUCGCCGCAUUGCACCAACCCUGCACUUUGUGUCCAGCCGCAUCACAUCACCGUGUCCGUCAAGGAGCUGGACUUGUUCCUUGCCUACUAUGUCCAGGACCAAGACUCCCAGCAGCAGUCAGGAAGUCCCAGUAACAAUGAGCAAGGCAAGAACCCUCUUCCAGUCUAUUUGGAGGACAGCUUCGUCAAGUCGGGAGUCUUCAGUGUUGCAGAGCUGGUGCGAGUAUCCAGAAUGCCCAUUACGCACGGUGCAGCAGUAAACUUCUCCAUGGCGGACAUGCCCGGACAACCCUACUAUCACGAUCUGAACUCCAGCGUGGGGAUGCACCGCUCCCUGUCCUCCCCACCUGGAAGCAAAAGGCCCAAAACUGUUAAUAUGGAGGAGAAUAUGGACACCAGCCCGACCGGACCCGACUUCUACUCAUCACCAAGCUCGCCAGCCAGCAGUCGGGCAAACUGGCACGACCGAGAUGGAGCAGACAUGUCCUCUCCUACCAUGAAGAAGCCAGAGAAGCCGCUGUUCAGCCCCACCUCCCCGCAGGACUCCUCACCCCGACUCAGCACUUUUCCUCAGCCUCACCACCCCGGCCUGACGGGCGUAGGACACAGUGUUAUAUCCACGAGGAGCCCCCCGCCACACUCGCCGUUGCAAUUCUCAGCUUCGGCUAUCCUGCCCCCGGCACCCUCGUCCUACUUCUCACACACCACCAUCCGCUACCCGCCCCACCUUAACCCGGCCGACCCCCUCAAGAGCUACGUGCCGUCGUACGACCCGUCCAGCCCACAGAGCAGCCAGCCCAACAGCAGCGGUCAGGUAGUUGGAAAAGUACCGGGCCACUUCACGCCGGUGCUGGCGCCCUCCCCGCACCACGGCACUGUGCGACCCGUCUCCCUCUCCAUGCCCGACACCAAGCCCAUCACCACGUCUUCAGAAGGCUACUCCGCUCCCGGCACCCCGACAGCCAACCGCUUCGUCGGCCUGAGCCCCAGAGACCCCGCCUUCCUCCACCAGCAACAGCUGAGGAAGUGUGACUGGAGCGUGACUCAAAACGGCAGGCAUUAUGGCCCCAGUGCCGCUGACGACACUUUGGGGAUUGCUUGGCAAAGUCCUGGUACCUGGGCGAGCUUAGUUCCAUUCCAAGUGUCGAACGGGACUCCGAUCCUGCCAACAAAUGUCCACCAGAACUACAGCAUAAGCAUCAUUGGUGAACCCUUGGUCCCCACCGAGAGCGGGAACUGAUCCCGGAGAGGGGUGCUUAGAGUGCUUAGGGGAGCAGGGCAGGGGGAGAGGGGUGCCACCGAUGGAUGAAACCAGCAAAUGUCACAUAAUCUUACAUCCAGACCGCCACGAUGGAUGCUGGAGGAAAGAUUCAGGUGUGGCCCCUUCUCCCACCAACACACAUGUACACCUACACACAUGUACACUUACACACAUGUACACACAUGUACACUUACACACACACACACACCAGCCAGUGGUUGUUUGCAGAACUUUCCAAUGCAUUCAAAUACUGUGAUGUAUAGAUGCCUUAAUGUUCUACUGCAUGACACUCAAAGCAGCCGCUCCUGCUUCUCAUAGAUAUAGAAACAUGGGGGGGGUCAACAAAGUCACUGUGUACACCGUCGGAAAAAAAUAUUGUGAAUUCUUUGACUAAACGUGUUGUUUAUUCUUUUUUUUUCCUGCUACUUCAAGAAAAAAAAAACUAACUGAGUGAUUGGAGCCCUCGUUAAAAAUUGGGAGGCCUUUAGGAAAGGCUUUUUGUUUUGUUAAAGAAGAGCAAUUUCUGAUGGAGGCAAGUGCAAUUGAAUAUUUGAAGGGAAGCGAGCAGUCUGUGAGCCCUCAGACUCUAAAAGAAAGGGGGAUAAACGUAUUUUGAGAAUUCAGUUACAUCCCAGCAGCAACACCAGCACUUGUUGUCGUUCUUUUUGAGCCCUUCCCGUUUGUACAGGGACGUAUUUGUUGCUUAUUUAUUUCUUGGAAAAGUGGGGGGGGUUACAAAAAAUAAAAUAGUUAAAUAACCCCUCCCCAGGAAAGAAAUGAACACAUACGUGUGUAAAAACAGACAAGUAAAUGGCAUUUCACUUUUAAAUGAUAAGAACAUUCGGCCAUCAUUGGCUUGUAAAGCUUAUGUUUACAGCAACUACAGAAAAGUGUUAAUAGUUUGUGGAAAACAAGGAAUAGUGCUCUGGCAGCCAUCGCCUCUGCAGUCUCUCCAGUUAAUUUGCACGAUGACACACUUGUCCACAUGAUGACGUGCCUUUUUUACAUGCACACACACUACACACAAACACACACACACACACACACACACACACUACACUUGUUUUUGCUGCAUUUUGGCUGUGUUUACACUUGUUAUGUUUGGUUCAGUUAAAAGGAACUCUGAUGCGAUUGCUCUUGCUGGAGCCUAUCCCAGCUGACAUUGGCCGGUUUGGACUGAUCACCAGUCAAUUGCAAUGCUGUCUUGCUCUUUAAAAGUAUAUUUUGGAAGCUUUUGGUGAAAUCUAAGCAGGUCGAUAUAGCAUCAAACAUCAAAAUAAGCUACGCGUUCAAGGCAGCAGAUUUUCAUUCAUUCAUUCAUUUUCUACCGCUUUUCCUCACGAGGGUGGCGGGGGUGCUGGAGCCUCGUCUCGUCUUUCGGGCGAGAGGCGGGGUACACGCUGGACUGGUGGCCAGCCAAUCACAGGGCACAUAUAGACAAACAACCAUUCACACUCACAUUCAUACCUAUGGACAAUUUGGAGUCGCCAAUUAACCUAGCAUGUUUUUGGAAUGUGGGAGGAAACCGGAGUACCCGGAGAAAACUCCCGCAUGCAUGGGGAGAACAUGCAAACUCCACACAGAGAUGGCCGAGGGUGGAAUUGAACCCUGGUCUCCUAGCUGUGAGGUCUGAGCGCUAACCACUCGACCGCCGGGCAGCAGAUUUUGAUUUGGAAUAUUUGUUUAUAUAAUAUAAGUCUUUACUGUGCAGCCUUUGGUCCCAUGACAAAAAUAGCAGUGUAUACGCUACGGCAACCACACCAAAGUAUCUUUAAAAAUUGAUUUACCACAAGUGUGAACGCAGCCUAAAUCACUCUCCACACACACACACACACAGAGUUAACAUUUUGAACGUUUUGUACUGGGAAUGUCCGUUUUUAACUUCAUCAUGUCACAUGGCUGUGUAUAGUCUACUUUGUAAUCAAACAGUGUUUUCUUUCCUUUUUUAUUCCUUCCCUCCACAGUAUUUUUGCUGUUUUCCCCCAUAAUAAGCUGUCAUCUUUGAUUUGUUUGGUUUCCCGUGUUUUCUUUUUUUUUUUCUCCCCCCCUUCAUUGUCCUCCCGUGCGGAGAAUUCAGAAUGAUGACAAUUAUGCAAUACCAAGUUUUGCCUAUGUAGGUAGUGCUUAUAGAUGUCAAAUAUUAGAGGCUAGUUUGGAGAUAGACACUAUUGUAAUGCAUUUAUUUUUUUCUUCAUAUUGUUGCUUCUUGUUGUUGUUGCUGUUGUUGUUGUUGUUGUUGUUAUGAUGGUGGUGGCAGUGGGGGUAUCUUUCCAUUGAUUUUCUUACUUUAUUGACCAAAGUGGGGGGCUGCUGUGUAUGCAGUGGAGGACAAGGUCUUUUUCUUAGCUUAGCUUACAAAUUUGGGGGUGGGAGGUAUUUUGUCCGACAAGUGCAUCCUUGGGGGUCAUAUGGCUGCAAAGUCACACAACCGUACCGCUUUUCCACCUAAAAGAACCGGGUGCUAAUGCAAGUGUAGCUUCAAGAUCCCCAAUUAUGCAAAAGGAAGUUUUUAGUGAAGUUCUAGCAGUAAUUUGUGUACCUGGGAAAUCACUUUGGGGUUAAAAAAAUAAAAAAUAAACAAGGCUUCACUACACGUCUUAAAAUUGCUAAGCUAGCAUGAUGUUGCUGUGAUGUAGCAUCUACAUGCUAGUGUCAUGUUGGAGAUGCACUCAAACACAGCUCAUUAGCAUUAAAGCUACGUACACACAAAUCAGCAUAUUGAUUGAAUGCUAGAUUUUGGACUCAACAUUUGCAAUACACUAUUGUGGCACUUGUUUAUUCAAAAUAUGAAUACAUCUUAAAUACAUUCAGUCCCCAGGCGGUUGGCAAGUGAAGAGGUAUAAAAUGUGUAACCGGUCUACUUGGGCUACACUUGCUUGUUUUUUUUUUUUCAGCGUAGAGACGACUUGACUUGAGCGCGACAAUCAUCGCAUUGGAAAACCCUUUUCAGCCGUCAGUGGAUGCAAUUCCCGAGUAGAUGCCUUAAAUGCCUGUCACCUGCGCAACAAUCACACUAAUCAGCCUUAGGAGAGUCUUUUCUAAGCGGAAUAAUGUACUGUAUAUACGACAUCUGUGUCAAUCCCCACCCAACCCCCCUCCCCACCCUCACGUAUCAAUGGCUAAAUUCUUGCCCCCCCCCCUUGGAAGGAUAGAAAAGAUAGCACUUAUUAAAUAGCACGCAAUCUCAGGCGUACCACAGGGCAUUAUGUAUGUCAAUCAGUAGUGUUCUUUGCAUUGACACCUUUUGCACUACAAUCGCGCCUGUAGCGUUAAAGAAAAAAAAAAAAAGAAAAAAUCGAAUCCUCAAGUCAAGGACCGUCUCUGCGCCUUCACACUAAUUUGAUUAUUGAAAACUUUGUGUUUUUUUUUAGUUUAGAAGAAAAGUGCUUUGCAGCCUGUGACCAUCCCAGACCCCACUCAAGUGCAUUGUCCCCAAGUGUGUGUGUGUGUGUGUGUGUGUGUGUGUGUGUGUAUGUGUAUGAAGAUGAGGGUCUUUUUUUUUUUUUACCUGCCGCCAGACAGGAGUUUGUACACUGUAAACCUUCUCCAGCCCUUAUUUGUUAAUUCUGGGGGAAAAGUAGAUGUGACAGUUCCAUUUUAGGAAAAAAAACUGUGUUUGUUGAGUCUGGUUUUGAGUUAGAACUCCCCAGAUUCCCCUGAUGAACCCUAACUAAAGUGUUGUUGUCUUCCUGUAAAAAACUAAAAACAAAAAAACCCUCCAAGAUAGAGAGGGGGGGCUAUUCUCGAUAUCAAAACAACAAUGAAGGCUUUUUCUUUUUUUUUUUAUUAAUAUUAUUUUUUUCUGAACUUGCUUAGUGCUUGUAGGUAUUUCCAUUUGGGAAGCGCUUCAUAAUAAUAAUAAUAUUAAUAAAUAUUUGAGUUAUUUCAUUCGUGUGGCCAUAGCGAGUGUGGUGUGAUGAUAUUAUAUAUUUUUGUUGUUUUAAAAAAAAAAAUGUGUGAUUUCUUGUCCAACAAGAUGUGAGUGUGUUCUUGUAGCAAGUGGGAGUUUAAAAAACAACAACAAAAAAAGAAAGCCCCCACGUUGCACCUCACCUUUACGUGAGAAAGCAGGGUAAAUAAAAUACGGACAAUGGCUUCUUUUGUAGAUUUGGUGCCCACGUCCUGAUUGGCUGAGCUCAUCAUGCACUGAUGUGGAGCGAGCACUACAAACUGAAAGUGUGGGUGCUACUGCUUUCUCAUCCAAAAUGACCCCCAUAAUGCAUCCUUAUAAUUUAAACAGGGGUGUCCGAUGUCUGCCUUCAGUAUGAUUUUUAUUGGUUUAUUUUAUUGAAGCUAAAAUGGAACAUAAAGUGCAUCAGAAGGAGGAUUCCAACCACAUGUUAUUCAGUAAUAUUUCCACAGAAAUGGCAACUUUUUGUGGUCUAUAAUUCUAAAUAGGAAUUAUUUAUGAAUUAUUAAGAUUGGAAAAACUAGAUUUUUAAAAUACACAGGAUUGGACACCCCUGGGCUUAAAGCACGGAGGCUCAUGAUGCACUUUGUUCAUCGGCACUAGAACGCAAGUGCUUGACACUCAAGGUACUCUACCUUCUUUACUUUCUUCCCUCCAUUGUUGGCCCGGGUUUGAAUGUAGCCUGUCUUGGAGAACCUCCACUGAAUCAGUGUUCCACCCACGUGUAGCUUCCAAGUAUUAUUGCAUUGAUCGCUGCCAUCAGCUUCACUUUUUUUAUGCAAAGCCAAGACCUGCGUCGCUAUUGCGACAACUGCAGGCUUUUCAUCCCGCACUCACGCUCUCUCUCAAAAUGAAAAACCAGCAUUUGUACAGUUGAUGGUCAAGCAAUGCAGUGCCUGUUGUACAUACAUACUGUAUUUACAUACAUCAUGUCAAAUGUGGCUUAUUUUUCAUGUCUAUACGCAUGUCAGCACUCAUUCGCUUCCCCCCCGCCCCCAGUGCUAUAUUUAGUGCAGCCUUUUUUUGGUUGUUAUUAUUUUUAUUUCUUCAAAUUCUCUCUGCAGGGCUGAUUCUUUGUGGGUCUUGUGGCACUUUUAUUUCCCUGUGAGUGUUAAACGACAAACAACAACAACAGCAACAAAAAAAAACAACAUAAAAAAGCAGUAGUGAUCGUGCAAAAAAGGUCUUUGUAUGUAUCUGAAUGUACGUUUUUAGAUGACUGUCUUUGUUUUCAAGCUUAUUUUACAGUUUAGGAGGUGUCCAUUGUGAAACUGUACAGCGAAGGCCUUUGUAUCACUUUUUUUUUUUUUUUUUUUUAGCAAUUUGUAAAAGGUUGGUGCAGGGGCUAAAAUUGCCACAAGAUUAAAAUCAGUGUAAAUAAAGGCUCAAUUUUUUUUUGUGUGAUUGUUACUGUUAUAUCCAGCCUAUACUGCUAGCAGCUGUUUUUACUGCAGUCAAUUACUGGAAGUGGAUAUAUUUCCUAUGCAAAAACUGUUUAAACAAUAAAAUGAGCUAUGCUACAAAAAAAAUGUGUUUGUGUCAGUUUUCAUUAUAAAUAAAGCCAUUAAGGGACCGUCUGACAAUGAAAUGACAGCAGAGUAGGCAGUCACUAAUUGGAUUUCAUUCAUUCUGUGAAAGUGCGUCCCUGACCGCAACCUGACGCGACCCCUCCCAGCCUCCAGGCUCCACCUGAUUUGAGUUAAUCUACUGUAAUACCUCAAUCCCGUAGGAAUGGGGGACGAUCCGGUCAUCUGAGGUAGCGUCCAUGUGGGUCACAGUGUCAAGUACAUGAAGCUCUGAUCUGCUAAGCCCAUCUAAUGGGAUUGAGGAGGCAAAAGUCUGUCUAAAGCACCAAUUAGGGCUCAUUUGAAGCUUAGUGAUGGGCUCAGAUGUACAUGAAAAGCAGCAGGAGCGCCCUCCUAAAGGCAGGAGGUGGUACUGCACCAGCUGGCCCAGGGCAUCAACAAUAGGGAUCUCCUAUAAAAUGAUCUUUAAUGGCAAUCAUUAUG